AGAUGCAGCGGCGCACCUGUGCUGGCCAGGCGGCGGCAACAGGGCCACGUGAGUCAGUCUAUUCCUCGAACACGGUGACGAGUGGCCUCCCAGUGCCAUGGUGGCCGGGAUACAGUGCCAGGGUGCCCCGACGGAAAGACCGAGGAACUGGGGGAAAGAAAUAGAAGAAGGAAGGGAGGAGAGAGGGGAGAGGGAGAAAAAUCAAAAAUAACGAGUAAGAGAGGAACAAACCUAGUGCUUGUGUGAAAUGGCAAAAGUGAUGAAAACCGGCGUUCACUUCACUCGUCGUAACUGUUGUUUUGCACAAACGAGCUGCAAAGUGAAACGCGAUUCGUGCUCGUUUGGCGCAUUGACGAGUUCAUGAUCGCCCUCUUGAGUGGUCGCAGGACAGUGUGUGACGCAGCGGGGGGGGAGAAGAGAUCAUUCGGCGGAGACGUUCGUGACGGCGAGCUAAGUCGGUAAAGGGGAAGACCGCAUAGAGCUCUUCGGAAGCUGUCGUUACAACGCCCCACAGUGAUUGAGUCUCAUCGCGGCCGGCCCGUGCUGCCCCCUCCACGCUUUUUAGUUGCUCGCCGAGACGCCUUCAGAAGUGUGAUGACUGAGCCACAGCUGCGAUGUCAGGGCAGCCGAGGAGGAACCUUGGUAGUUCUUGGUACUCGCUGAUCAGCAGCAAUUUUCAGUCUUUGACUCCUUUUAGGGUUGAAACCAAAGUGGGUAUUGUAGCGCUGGACAGGGCGGCGGCUCGAGACGCGACGCUGACUAACGGGAGGGCGAGGAUGGAACCCGGGGACAGCCACACGGAUGCUCCGUCGCUGGGGGAGGUGGAGCACGACCUCGUGUCGUCCAGCAGCCAGUCGUCGCUGGCGUCGGGGUGUUCGGGGACGUGGUCGGAGUGCUUCCUGCCGCCUCCGCAGCGCGUGGUCGAAUUAACGGGCGACGGUACGCUCAGGAUGAAGCCUCCGGGUUCGCAUUCACUCGACUCACUCGCCUCCACCGCCGGAGCUGCGGACGGCUCGGGGGAGUCGUGGACGCAGGAGGAAACGGAAAGCCGGAGCGAUUUUUCCGCCAGCGACGACGACUCCUCGAACCUGAACAAGAAUAACCCGACUUUCGUGAGGUCCUUCAACCGGCGGAUCCGCACGCGGGACCACCAUGGCGGGGACCUGAAGGUCAUCUCCGCCCUGCGAGCGCAGUACAAGCAGCGGGAACGAGACGUUCAGAGGACGAGGAGCAGAUUCACGACCGACAGGGACCGAGUCCUCCCAGAGCUUCCGACAGCCGUCACGGAUGGGAGAGAGGAGGCGAAUACGGACGAAGGGAGGAGGAUCAGUCUGAUGUGGAGCCCGAGCUAUAGUGAAGCCUCGAGUGACACUCAGGAUCUUUGCUCUCCAGUGUCCGACGACGUGUUCUGGGCGGCGUCGGGUUCGCACGUGGGCAGCCAGCCUCAUCAGGAGUCAGGAAUCGGCAAUGGCUGCGAAUGGCGGCCGUCCCCGCCUGAGCGGAGAAGGAGCUCGCUCUCCAUGGAGUCCCUCUCUCGGGACGCGAUAUUUUCGGACUUCGAUAUCGAGUCGCCGAUCUCCAAGGCGGUGGUGGAAGCGAUGAGGCCGAAGGAGGGCGGAGGGAUGUCCUUCCUGUCGCGAUUCUCCAAAACAGUCUCCACGAAGAGAAAGUAUGGAAAGUCCUUCAAGAGCCACGCCCUCCCAGUCGGCGAAAGGAAGAUCUCCGACGUCGAUGCAGCGUUCAGGGAGAGUUUGGAGAGCAUCGUCGAAGGAGGCGCCGAGAAGACCCACGACAAAAGGGGCUCCUGUCAGCGCGCCUCCAGCAUGGGCGCCGACGUAGGCGGGGAUGGGAUGGAUGUGGCUUUUGCGCCCCUGGAUCGCCGCGCCGUUGCAGAGGAGAAGGAUAGAAUCUCGGUGAGGGAUCUUGUGCGUAGUUUUGUGGUCAAAGACACGGGUAAUGGGCCAGUUGUUACUCAAGCGAGAGGGGAGAAGCCGAGUCCUUCCCCAAGACUAAGUAAACCCAAGAGCCCUCCUUUGCCGCAGAAUAGACGGUUGCAGGAACACAGACCGAGUCCUUCUCACACCUCUGACGCAUCCGUCACGCAGACUCUGCACAACGGACGCGUGUCAUCGGGAAGCUCGCCGCAGGACCAGAGCCAGACACACAGCCGCUCAUCGAGUGGAUCUUUUUACAAUAUGUGGCCGCAAUUUUUCUCUAGUAACACGGCCACCAAGUCACAGAUGGAUAAGGACAAGCCAUCUUCCAGCAAGAAAUCUUCCAAGCAUGGAGAUCCAUCGGCUGGUCUUCGCCAGAGGUCCCACACGUUCACGGUCAGCAAGUCUGCAUCGCCGCCAGACGGGAAGAAGAAUCCUGGCGUCGCCUCCCCCGCGCAGCCAACAGCAUCGGGAGGCCGCACGUCGCCGCGAAGGCUUCCCCAGAUCCCCCGUCAGGAGGUGAGCAAAGCCUCGCCGCGUCUGCCUGGACGGAACUCGAACCAACACUGGCCACCUGCCGCAGUGCGCAAUUCCUCGCCGCACCUCGCAGAGUUCUCCUCCCGUCCCUUGGCGGCGCAGGCGAGCGGUGUGGCUCAGAGCAACGGCGCUCUGAGUGACUGCGUGAAGACAGGCACGCCUCCGCCGAAGAGAAGUAAGUUUCUGUCAACCUUUGGCUUCGGGACGGACAGCAGCGCCAAGAAGGGCGACUCCGACAAGGCAAGGACCGGUAAGAACAGUCGGGGAAGGAACAGUGACGAGUGGAAUGUCGUGUAUACAAACAGUCCAGGAGGCCCUUCCUCGAGAAUCAGGAGGACAGGUGCCAUGAAGAAGGGCGAGGAAGCGGAGAGGGUCCAAGAGGGCCUCGGCGUGGCUUCCAUUCAAGGGGAUCCCGAAAAGACCCCAAACUUCCCCUCAAGAGAACAUAAUCCGGGCAAGAACGUAACAUCGGGAGCGAUUCCAAAAAGUAGCUACUUGAACAAAACCUUCCACAUCAUGAACAAAGACGAAUGUAAAAGAAACGAAGUGAAGCAUUCCGACAUCGAGGACGCCGCCCCUGAGAAGGAAACCCAGCAGGGGUCGCAGGCAGCAACCAGGAGCCCCGCCAAGAGCGCGAGAAAGCUCGGCAAGCGUGUGCUGGAAAGGUCGAUUUCAGUUCCCUUCUGGACGAAAUUUUCCGGCCAGGAGACUGGGAAUGGCCAGAGUGCAGACAGCGAGGAUGACUUGCCUGUCCUCGAAGCAGGCUCCCAGAGCGAGAAGCCUCCUACGUUGGAUUCCAGAGAAGAAAUAACGAAGCCCAGGCUCGGCCAGACCAAGUCGUCCCCGGCGAACUUCCAGCGCAAGGCCCAGCACAAGCGCACGCGCUCCUACGACGUGAGCAAGACCUUCAAGGACGAUCUCCAGGCGCUUCCGCCCGAAAGGUCGGCCUCGCACGACAACUUGGCCAAACUGAAGGAGAACGAGCCUCUGAACAUGCCCGUGCUCGCCGUGGAGUUCGCGUCGCCCGAGUCGCCGCCGCAGAUGGAAUUCAAGAGCCUGCGGGCGGGCGACGGCGCGCCGGAGAGCCUCGCCCGCAAGAACUCCAUCAAACAUAGAAGCUGCAACAACAUCAUCGACAUCGAGGACGAGCCGAGCGUGCAGGUGUCGCCCAAGUUCGCCCGAACUUUCAAGGACUCGAAGCUCAUCAGCGCCUCCGCCUUCUGCCUCACCAACUCGGUGAUGAAGAAGGCCUCGGCGGCCGUGAGGCGCGAGGUCAUGCCCGGGUCGCUGUUCCUGCAGGGGGAGGAGGUCUUCUCAGCCCUGGACAGCUCGCCCUCCCUGCCAUGCGUCGGGCCGGGGGAGGCGUCCCAGAACGUGUACAUUUCGCCCUACGAGCUCACCACGCACGUCAGGGACAAGCCAACGCUGCAGCGGCUGAUGGGGAUGUUCCACGUGCAGACCUCGGAUCCCAAGAUGGACUCCCUCGUGCAACAGCUGGACCUGUACAGCCGGCAGGGCAUCCCUCGUCAGCCGCACCUCCUCACCUGCCAGACACAUCACGGCGACGAAGAGGUGCUGGUGGAGGACAGUUGGCGGACGCUGGUGGAGUCGCACGAACAGCUGGACGACCGGCAGGAACAGCAGCAAAGCGCCAUCUGGGAGCUGGUGGAGACGGAGGCCACUUAUAUCCACAUGCUCAAAGUCAUUACCGAUCUCUUCCUCGCCUGCCUGUGCAACCUGCAGAACGAGUCCCUGCUGUGCGAGAUCGACACGGACAAGCUUUUCAGUAACAUCCAGGAGAUCUACGCGGCCAACCUCACCUUCUGGCGCGAGCACGUGGUGAGGAUGCUGGAGGAGGCGCGCUCCAACAGGCAGCCGCUGGACCCGACCCUGCUCGCCGAGGCCUUCUACAAGUUCGACGAAUUGUUCCACCCUUACACACGCUACUGUUUAGACCAGAGCCUUUGCCAGCAGUACUGUAAGGAGAAGGACCACGACAACGAAUAUUUCAAAAUGUAUCUUGCGUGGUGCGAGACCCAGAAGGAAUGCAACCGACUCAGACUGAUGGACAUCCUCGUUCAACCUAUGCAACGUCUGACCAAAUACUCGCUCCUCCUCAAGGCCAUUGCAAAGAAGACGAACCUCGAGGACCACAGGAUCAGCCUGCAGGAUAUGAUAAGCCACGUGGAGACCUUCGUGUCGAACGUGAACUCGGCGCUCAGACACAAGCACGAGCAGGAGCGCCUUCGAGACAUCGCCAAGAGGAUCGAAUCCUAUGACGCUGUGGAGGCGCGUGACGACGAGCUGGAACGCGUCGUGAGGAACUACUCGGAGCUCAACCUGACGCAGCCCAUGCCCGGCUGCCCCGAGCACCUGCCCCGCCACAUCCUCCACCACGGCGACCUCCGCCUCCGCGACCCGCACACCAAGAUGGACGUCCACGUGUUCCUCUUCACCGACCUGCUGCUCAUCACCAAGGUCACCCAGCGGAAGGCGGAGAAGGUCAAGGUAAUACGGCCGCCGUAUCACGUGGAGCGACUUGUGUUGGUGGAGCUUAAGGACUGCACAUCCAUUGGCCUCGUUUCAGUCAAUGAAUGGAAUGUUGCUGUUGCCGCCUUCACUUUGCAAUGUCCAGACCAACGUACUCACAGGACCUGGUACGAUGCCCUGAAGCGAGCCAAGGAGCAGUACAAGGAGGCCCAGCAGGCGCGGGAUGUCCUGGUGUACGAUGACAUGAGCUCGGUGGGUCACUUGGUGCCUCGCUCGCCGCGGCCGGGCUCCUCCAGGGCGUCUCGCGUGUCCAGCCUCGCGCACUCCCACUCGGGAUCCAUAGACCUGAACGACCCUUCCCCGGGAUCAACUCACCAUCCUCCCAGUGUGGACUUGAGUGAGGUGAGAGCAUCCAGUGCCUCCAGUGACGAUUCUGUUGCUCCUGCUGUGCCGGAGAUACAGAGAUCACGCUCACUAGAGGGUGGUGGUUGUGGUGCUAUAUCCCCUCGUCCUGACCGCCGCCCGGCUUUCCCUAAGACCCCUAAUACACUCAGUGUGACGCCUCCCUACUCGACUGGACAGUCACUCCCGAACCUAACUGUAGAGUCGGCCAACUCCCUGCGGGUGCCGGGAAGCAAUGCCACAAAUCCCAAGGCGUUAUCCCCAUGCAAUCGUGGAGUGUCGUACCCACCCCCAUCACCUCGCACUCUCCGCCGCUCAGCCCCUGUUCCGCAGUCUCGCAACCCACCACUGAUUAAGAGCCGUCAUGUGACUUCCAUGGUUGGAAAUCCACAGGAGGCGGAGCAAGGGGACCAGGAGGACCCUGCCAGAGGAGGACCGAGACGUAUUUCUCGCACAGACAGGAUGGACAACAGGCGGUACCACACUGCCGGGGCCAUUGAUGAUAUCAAGAAACAAGACAGCAAAGACACCAGCAUCCACAAACGCCUCUCGUGGAACUACGGUCAGGGCCCACCGCCGACGUCGCGUGACCUCGGCCGCGACCAGGGCAAGCUGGGUCGUCAGAAGCACGCCGUCAAAAGCAUCUCGUGCGAGUCUAUGCACAGCUCCUCAGGGGUGUCGUCGACCUCCUCCUUGCACCGGUCAAUGGGCUCCGAACUUGAGGCCCUGGAAAACAUUGAUGACAACGAGCUAGAAGUCAUCUCUCCACAGAAACAAGACAGCAAAGACACCAGCAUCCACAAACGCCUCUCGUGGAACUACGGUCAGGGCCCACCGCCGACGUCGCGUGACCUUGGCCGCGACCAGGGCAAGCUGGGUCGUCAGAAGCACGCCGUCAAAAGCAUCUCGUGCGAGUCUAUGCACAGCUCCUCAGGAGUGUCGUCGACCUCCUCCUUGCACCGGUCAAUGGGCUCCGAACUUGAGGCCCUGGAAAACAUUGAUGACAACGAGCUAGAAGAUGGAGAGGGCACUGUUGUUGAUCUAACAGUAAGUGACUGCACAAGCCUGAAGAUUUCUCCACAUAUAUCUACAACGUACAUCUGCCAUGACACAGACAUUACUCUUGGUGUCUGCUCACAGUACAUCACUCAGCCAAAUAAUGCAACUGAGCCAACUGAAGGUUGUGAAAACCUUGUGAAAAUUGACGUGUCUGAGACCGACCCUGGAAUCUCCUCUGUCCAGAUCACAGUGACAGAGGGUGCUUCUUCUUCCUCUUCCAACUUGUCCUCCACAACCCCUUCUUCAGAUGGUGCUCCAGGCAAGACAGACGGCUUGAGGAUGAGAGAAAUUCUCUUGAACGACGCUUCGGUUGAAGCCUCGGAUGUAUGAGGCUGGUCAAAUGCAUCCCUACAUGGGACACAUGACACUUCAUCCAGCUGUUACUGCCUCAGCUCCCUAGUGUUGCCUUACAUUAUGGGUAGUCGUUCAGAGGUCAGGAAGAAGAGGAUUGAAAGAUAAUCUAACAGACAUGCCUUCUGCAAGAAGUGAAAGCUUAGAAGAAAACUAAUUUGGUAUUCUCAGAAUACUAAGGAUUGUGACACUUUUGUAAGUGUAUAAAGAGAAACUAUGUCAUGAGACACAGAAGUUGACUCUUCUGAAUGUGGACAGCAGUGUUUGUGCUUUGGUUUAAGGGAUGAAAUGAAGUCAGGACCUAAGAAACAUUGUGCAUUAAGUCCCAUUAUCUCAGUGUCACAGAACUAGUGUCACCCUCUUUAAUGGACUUAUUUGUGCCCUGAAAUCAGCCUUCCAAAGUUGUUACAGCCAACCUGUGUGGCUGACUUUGAUAAACCCAGUGACUUGUGUGACCCUGGUAUUUUUUGUACAUUCCAUCAUUGUGCAGGAUGUAUUUAUUCUCAAUCCAUUCCCUGGAUAUUGGUACCUCUUUUAUGUCCAUGGUUCUGUGGAUUUCAUAAGAUAUGAUUUGGUACCAGUGGAAUGGAUAGUUAUAUAUAAAUAUAUAUACAGUAUAUAUACAUAUAUAUCAACAUUAUACCUUUUUGUGAAU